GAACCAUGUCCCAUCCAUCUCACACCCCUCGUCCCGCCCAUCCACCUCACACCCCUCCUCGUCCCACCAACCCUCACUGACUCUCUCCCUGUGUGCAGCUAUCUCACCGGCGACACCUCUCUUGUCUCCGUGGAAGCGCUUCCCCACGCACAACCACCACCACAACCAUCACCAUCAGAAGCAAGCACGGCAUCAGGCGGCUUCUCCCCACCCCUCAAGUACAUUCUGCUCACCCGCCCAGGCCCCGGCCCCCACAUUGUAUCACGCUCACUUGAGGGCUCUUGGGUCAACCCUUCCACUGGGUUCCCACUUUAG